AUUUUUGCUUACUCCUGUUUUGCUCUAUUCACCUCUUCUUUUCCAGAGAAACUACUGAACUUGGAAGGAAGGAUCCACAUUGACAAUAGUCAUGGUACUCUUUUCGUCCCUAACUCCAGUCUUCAUAGCCAUUAUAUGUGUUUUGAUUGGAGUAAUACUGAAGAAGACUGAUGGAGAGAAGGAAAAGCACGAGACCAAAAGCAAGCCUCUAUCUCGCCCAUGGGUGGAUGAAGAUUUAAAAGAUGGCACUGACCACCAGCUGGAGGAAGAAGAGGUUGAUGAAGAUUGGCAAGGACUUGAUGAAAAUGUUGCCCAUGUCCCCUUCUCUGCAGAACGUUACUCUGAAGCUGAAAUGAUUAGAAGGUCACAGAAGUUUUAUGAACUUCUUAACAAGAGGCGGUCUGUCAGGUUUCUUAGUGAUGAGGUGGUCCCCAGAGAGGUUAUUGAUAAUGUCAUCAGAACAGCAGGUACUUCACCCAGUGGAGCUCACACUGAGCCCUGGACCUUUGUGGUAGUGCAAGAUUCAUAUCUAAAGCACAAGAUUCGCGAGAUUGUAGAAGAAGAAGAAGAAAUCAACUACAAAAAACGGAUGGGAGACAGAUGGGUUAAUGACCUGAAAAGAUUGAGAACUAAUUGGAUCAAAGAGUACUUGGACACUGCUCCGUAUCUGAUCCUCAUUUUCAAGCAGGUAUAUGGGCGGCAUCCAAAUGGCAAAAAGAAGACCCACUACUACAAUGAAAUCAGUGUUUCUAUUGCCUGUGGUAUUCUGCUUGCUGCACUGCAGAAUGCAGGUCUGUACACAGUGACCUCCACACCCCUCAACUGUGGCCCCCAACUCCGGACACUACUAAAGCGCCCAGCAAAUGAGAAACUACUCUUGCUACUCCCUGUUGGAUAUCCCAAGAAAGAUGCUACUGUGCCUGCUCUGACUAGAAAGCCACUGGAAGACAUCAUGGUGGUCAUGUGAGACCAGUGCCACAAAGAAGGAACACUGCUAGCUAGUAAGCAGGAGCCUGAUGGUGUCAUCACUGCUCUUCCUGUGUAUCCUCCUCCUACAUCACAGCUGCUCUGUUUACAUCUAAAUUUCUUUUAGUGCUAGUAAUCUACUAAUUGCAGUAAAUAGCCAAGCACUGUGCCUUUGGCAGGUGCUAUUACCAAUAAACCCAGGCAGUUGUUCCAGGGGACAUGUAGAAUGGCAUUUAAAUGACCUUCA